AUGGCCAAAUCUAGUAAGUCGAAGCCGAAGAGGACAUGGGAAGAAGUUGCCAAAGAGGCGCGGGAUACCAGAGACGCAAGUAUUGCUCGAGUUCCAGGCAUCACUGAGGUAUUCGCACAUGAUUUAUUCUCGAACGAGCUUCCAAAGGACGUGAUGGUAAUUCCUGGGCUUGUUCUGAACCAGGCAGAUAUCCAGAUCACUGAGUCUUUGCCGGAGAAGCUGAUAACACUGCUUGCAAGGGGUCAGGUAUCAGCUACUGCGGUUACAUUGGCUUUUCUGAGGAGAGCAGUGGUUGCUCAGAGACUUACCAAUUGCAUCACCGAGCUCCUCCCCAAGCGAGCUCUCAGCCGAGCCAAAGAUCUCGAUGAAUACUCCUCUCGCCACGAGAAACCAAUUGGUCCACUUCAUGGACUUCCCAUCAGUGUGAAGGAAAUGAUCGGGAUCAAAGAUCUUGGCCUCAACGCUGGCUAUGUUGCUUGGUGGGGGAAGAAAGCUGAUGAAGAUGCUCAUGUACUACAGAUUCUGUGGAAUGCCGGGGCCGUCUUCUUCGCUAGAACGACCCAGCCACAGACUAUGAUGCAUUUGGAGACGAACAGCAAUCUCUAUGGUGUGACAGUCAACCCUUAUAAUAAUUUUCUCUCUUCUGGUGGAAGUAGUGGGGGAGAAGGAGCUUUGAUGGGGAUGAGAGGUAGUUGUCUGGGGAUCGGCAGCGAUAUUGGCGGUAGUAUGAGAAGUCCUGCCGCCAACUGCGGCAUAUAUGGAUUCAAGCCUACUGUGUUCCGAAUCCCAACUGAUGGUUGGUGUUCAACUAUGGCAGGUGCUGAUCCCAUUCCUGGAGUCAUUGGACCGAUGAGCGCUACCCUCGAAGGUAUCAAACUCUUUAUGCAAGUCGUGAUAGAUUCUCAGCCAUGGCUGUUGGAGCCAGCACUCAUCCCAAUACCUUGGAAUUCGUCUGUUCGAAUGUUUCAAACUCAGCCGCUCAAAAUUGGAGUUAUGUGGCAUGAUGGUGUAAUUACUCCGCAUCCACCCAUCACUCGAGCCAUGACCGAUCUUGUCUAUCAUCUGCGGAAAGUCCCGACUAUUGAGAUUGUAGACUGGAAGCCGUAUCUUCACGAUGAAGCCUGGGCCAUAAUCUCAAGUCUGUAUUUCACAGAUGCAGGUGCCGAGAACGCUGCAACCAUUGCUGAAUCAGGGGAACCGUGGCUGCCUCUCACUGAAUGGAUCAUGAAGCAGAAUCCAUUUGUCAAGAAGCUAUCUCCGCAGAAACUGUACUACUGGCAGGAAGAGCGGGAAGCUUAUCGAAAGGAAUAUGCGAAAGUGUGGACGGAUACCGCGUCUAGUGCGGAUAUGGUGAAGGAGAAUACAGGCAUGGUUGAUGUGAUCCUCUGUCCUGUUGGUCCUGGUGUUGCUCCUAAACAGAACACGGCGAAGUAUUGGAGAUACACUAGUCAGUGGAAUUUGCUGGAUUGUCCUGCUGCAACUUUUCCUGUCAGUCAGGUCCAAGGAGAGAAAGAUGUUGCAAAAAGAACGUUCAAGCCCAUGACUGGUGUCGACAGCGAACACUGGAAGCUCUACGAUUCGAAGGAAUGCAAUGGUCUUCCCAUCUCACUGCAGCUGGUUGGAAGGAGGUUCGAGGAUGAGAAAGUCCUUGCUGUCUUAGAAUAUCUGAAGCAAGUCGUGUCACUUCCCCUGGCUUGA